UGUGAAGCAGAUGAUCCCACGGUAUACAAGACUUGAUAUAUGUGAUCCAAUACUAUCUAUUUAAUAGAACCGGCAACUUCUAAAUUUUAUCAACAAUUCGACCACCCCUAAUUUAUAUCACUCCUAUUUGUCACGGCAAACGUUUCUUACCAUGGGCAAAUGGGAAUAACAAUGUAACAUGUUACCCAAUAUAAAUUACAAAAUGUUGGACAAUCUGAUUAUUAUCUUUUGGAAACGUUAAAAUAAAUAAAUACCGAAAUCUGCUCUUCUUUUAUUAUUACGUGAGGCGUCGGUGAUCUGCACUCUGCAAUCUCCUUUCACCUCCUUUAAACAAGCCACGCACGACCCCACUCCAUAGAAAGCUCUCCCUUUCCAUAUCCGUGAAUCUUGCAAGCAUAACCCCUCACCUCGCCCCACGCGGGGUCAACUCCACCCACCAAGCAACCCAAAGUUCAUUGCUUUACAGUUCACUGUACGCGAUCCAUCCACCAUUUCCCGUUCUGGAACCUCCGCCUGAGCGCAAACAAGAUUGGGGGUUUUCUGGAGCUGUUCAAGACAGUGACUUUUCUCCCCUUUUCAUCUCCUGAGCCCCCAUGCGCGGGCUAAGCCGGCUUGGGAGCGGCGUCAGCACACCGUCGCCACCUUCCUCGCCGCGCCUCCGGAGAAAGAACUCGCCCAACGGAGGUGGCGCGGGGAGCUUCCGCGGUGGCAUCAAUGGAGAGUUAAAGCUGCACUCUUUUGCGGAGAAGGUGGGAUUUUUAUUGGUUUCGGCCGUGUACCGCCGGCGAGGGGUGCUGCUCUUCGCCCCUUUGUUGUAUAUUUCUGGGAUGUUGUUGUACAUGGGCACCUUUGGGUUCAGUGGUGGCGGGGGUCAUUUGGCGGUGGCGCCGCCUGGAUCAGUUUAUCGGAGCCCCCAGUUAUUUGAGAACCUCUGGCCUCAUAUGCUGGGUGAAAAUAAUGGAAGCUCAAACUUGUUGACAAAUGUGUGGAAUCCAAAGUUUCAUCAAAACUGGAAGCCUUGUCUUGACAAGACUAUUUCUCAAGCAGGGCUGCCGGAAUUACAAAAGUCUAAUGGUUUCCUCAUAAUUGAAGCAAAUGGCGGGUUAAACCAACAAAGGUUAUCGAUAUGUGAUGCAGUUGCUGUUGCUGGUCUGCUGAAUGCUACACUUGUUAUUCCAAUAUUUCAUUUAAAUAGUGUUUGGCGAGAUUCUAGGUCUAGUUUUCUUUGAGGUGUCUGUUACUUUGAACUAUUUUCCUGACUGACCUCUUACGCAGCAAGUUUGGUGAUAUCUUUGAUGAGGACUUUUUCAUAUAUGCACUGAGGAAUCACGUCAAGGUGGUUAAGGAACUUCCAGAAGAUGUACUUCAGCGUUUUGACAACAAUAUUGGCAACAUUGUUAACUUGAGAGUUAAGGCUUGGUCCAGUCCAACAUACUAUAGGCAAAAGGUCCUACCAAAGCUGUUGGAAUUGGGGGCUGUACGGAUCGCACCUUUUUCCAAUAGAUUGGCCCAUUUAGUUCCUCCAAAUAUCCAAGGCCUUCGAUGUUUGUGCAACUUUGAAGCACUGAGAUUUUCAGAAUCCAUACGCAUGCUUGCAGCAAAGAUGGUUGACCGAAUGAUGAAAAAUAGCUCAAGAAGUGGGGGCAAAUAUGUUUCAGUGCAUCUCCGAUUUGAAGAGGAUAUGGUUGCAUUUUCUUGCUGUAUUUAUGAUGGUGGUGAGAAAGAAAAACUUGAAAUGGAUAUUGCUCGGGAAAGGAGUUGGAGAGGAAAGUUCCGGAAAAGAGGCAGAAUUAUAAGACCAGGUGCAAUAAGGAUGGAUGGGAAGUGCCCUCUUACUCCACUUGAGGUGGGCAUGAUGCUAAGAGGUAUGGGAUUUGACAAUAGCACCUCGGUUUAUGUUGCUUCUGGGAAAAUUUAUAAGGCUGAGAAGUAUAUGGCUCCCCUCAAACAGAUAUUCCCACAUCUAGAAUCUAAAGAGACGCUUGCUUCACCACAAGAACUUGCUCCAUUUCAGGGACAUUUAUCACGAUUGGCUGCCCUUGAUUAUACAGUUUGCCUCUACAGUGAAGUUUUUGUCACUACACAGGGAGGUAACUUUCCCCAUUUCUUAGUGGGUCAUAGACGCUAUCUGAAUGGUGGCCAUGCCAAGACAAUCAAACCUGAUAAGCGGAAAUUAGUUCUUCUGUUUGAUCGCCCGAGUAUAAGAUGGAAUGACUUCAAACGCCAGUUGCAAGAUAUGCUUCACCACAGUGACAUGAAGGGUUGUGAGGUCAGAAAAUCCAGCAGCUCACUUUAUACUUUCCCAAUGCCUGACUGCAUGUGCAAACAAGAAGUUGUGAAUAAGGAUAGCAGGAAUACCUCAAAAGCCCUUUGAUAUGUACAUGAGAAAUACUAGUUGUACACAGAAUUAGUACACAAAUUGUACACAACUCCCCUAGUUGCUUGUGUACUCGGGCAAUUCAUUUAAAAAAAGGCAAGGUUGUAUGCCAAAAUGCCUGUGUACAUUGGCGGUGUACAAUUUGUGUACAAAUUUUGUGUACACCAAGAAUGGUUCCAUGUACAUAGGAUUAUAUAUACACACACACACGCAUGACACGCACAUUCACACAUUCCUUAGGUAUUUUUUGGUUGAUAUAACCUGGCUAUAUGUAGCUUAAAAUUUAGCCACUGGACAUGGAAGAACGGCGAUAUUGAGGAUAGAUAUUUUCAAUCCCAUAGAGUCAUUUGUAUUCAUUAGAUUCUUCCAAGUUCAUUCAGGUUUUCCACUGGUGUAUCCCAGCCCGCUCUGCACAAAUGUCGGUCUGUUAUAGAAACCACAAUUCUUUGUAACCCCUUGAUUUGUAGUUAUCUCGUUUUAUUUGCUUUCAUUGACCCUGUGAUCAAAUUAUUGUUGCUGUCAUCUUGCAACCAG